CUCCCCGAUUGAGACUCGCGCCAGCAGAAUUAACAAUCAAGGAUUGCCUUUUCUUCCACAGAAAAAAAUCGCCUUCUCGCGGGUGGGUGGCAGGGUGGGUAUACGUACACGUCUCCGAAGCCGCAACCAAAACCAGGCAACCAGCACGCGAUGGGGAGGGGCGAGCAGGAGGCGGCGGCGAGCCAUGGGUUCGGUAGCAUGGAGGAGUUCUGGGGGUUCUACCUGACCCAGCACUCCAAGCCCGGCACCCGGCGGUGGCACUUCCUCGGCACGCUCGCCGCGCUCGCCUGCGCGCUCCUCGCGGCCGUCUCCGGCCGCGCCGCGCCACUCCUCGCCGCGCCCGUCCUGGGUUACGGUAUGGCGUGGUACAGCCACUUCUUCGUGGAGGGCAACCGGCCAGCCACGUUCGGCCACCCCGUCUGGUCUUUCCUCUGCGACCUCCGCAUGUUCGCCCUCAUCCUCACCGGCCGCAUCGACGCCGAGCUCGCUCGCCUCCGCCUCCAGCCGCCUCACGACGCCGCGGCUGCCUCUGCACACCGGGACUGAUCCGCCGAAGUGCUCGCGAUAGCAACAUCUGGAAGUGUUGAUGUGUACUCCACCCUGUAAUUUGCUAAUCCAAUUUGGUACUUUUUUUUUGUUGCUUUUAUCAUUUUCCUCGCCGAUCUGUUUUGGUUGCGGGGAAAGGGUUUGGAUAAGCAGUGUAUCCAAAAUUAGUGUGGCUAGGCAGUGGCUGCUUAACAAAAUAAUGACCAGCUACUAGACCAUAACAUAAUAAUGCUGUUUUUAUUUCCUGUAAUACUUGCUGCCCCCAAACACAAAUCUGUGAUCGAAGCACAAGUUCUUGGGAGUA